ACUUGAACAUUUGAUCAUUCGAUUCCAAGGACGUUUUGAUGCUACUUUCCCAAUGCUAAUGGCUAUACAUGUGCAUCUAUACAGCGAUAGAACUAAAACUGGAGGUUAAAAAGAUUAGAAACUAGCGCCUUGUCUUUUUGGAUGCUAUGCCGUACUAUCCAAUCAGAACAACGAUAGUCAACGCUUUAUCUCACAUGCGCGAAGUCAGAUAUUGGAUUUUUACAGGUUAGAAUCGUGUCCCGUUAGUGGGAUCAGCCCGGGGCCUGCCACCUUGGCUGGGACUGGUUAGUUCGUCAGUUUUCCGUAGUUAAAAAGCACCAGGAGGAUGUAUUUGCUGGCCAAAUAUUUGAAUAUUUGAUAUACACCUGGGACUAUGUUUCAUAUGUCUUUCGUAAUUACGUAGCCUAUCGUUGUUAACACUUACAUAACAUAUAUGAAAGAAAAUAAAUUGUUAUGUACGUUUGGAUUAUUCGUCGGACUCGUAUUACUCUACUACAUAUUAUCUCCUGAUAGUCCUACCUGCUUAUUAAAACGCUGCACCACUCAUGAACAAUAUAAACCAGGUUUUUCAAAACCUUUCCGAAGUACAAAAAGUAAUUUCUUUUUGAAUUAUUCGAAGAGUACUGUGGCAAACGAAUCCGUGCUUGUCUUUCUCCAUAUACAAAAAACUACUGGGACACUUAUAGAACGCCGUUUAGUUAAAGAUGGUUUAGUAAAUAAAGAAUGUUUUUGUCACGGUCGAAGGCGAUGCAGUUGUAGAAGUUCAAGUGGUAACACAUGGCUUGUUAGCAGAUACUCUACUGGAUGGCUUUGUGGUCUUCAUGCAGAUUUCACUGAGUUGACGGAAUGCAUCGACAGCAAACUGAAUAGAAUCGACCGUCGAAUACGGCUCAGAAGGUACAUCUAUUUCACCAUCCUGCGCAAUCCUGUAGACCGUUUUAUUAGUGAAUGGCAACAUAUUUGUCGUGGCGCUACAUGGCAUUCCUCUACUCUUCGAUGUAACAGACAGCCUCCACCAACUGAACAUUACAAACCUUGCCGAUUUUAUAAAGAUGAACAAGAUAUUAAUCCAGCGGCUUGGUACAAUGUAUCUAUACAAUCUUUUAUGCAGUGUCCGUAUAAUUUAGCACACAAUCGUCAAACAAGGAUGUUAGCCAAUCUUUCACAUUUAGAGUGUUAUAAGCAUUUAACAAAGUGGUCUCAACCACUGAAUACUACAGUCAUCAACUCGAUUCCGCCAGUUCAGUUAGCAUUGUUAAAAAGCGCUAAGCAUAAUCUUGUCAAUGUUAUCCAUUGUUAUGGUUUCAGCGAAUAUUUGGUUUAUUCACAGUAUAUCUUACAAAAAUGUUUAAAUAUUACUUUUAAACGUUUGUUUAUUGAAUUCAAUAAAAUAUCUCUUAUAAAAAACCGAUUACUGUAUACACAUGCUGCAAUAAUGCGAUCAAAUUUGGACUCAGUUACGCUGCGUAAAAUCGAGGAUGUGAACAGAUUAGAUAUUUUACUGUAUAACUUUGCUGAACACUUGUUUGUUCAUCGUCUGGUAAAUUAUCUAUUACUUGAUUCUGGGAUACCGAUGCAUUUUAAACGACCCUUAAAUACAGUUUCACAAUAUAACAGGCAUAAAUCUGAUAUAGCUCUAAGAUUUCUGUUAUUUUCUAGUCUGGUCGACCAAGAUAACACAACAAACACUAGUAGUGUGUCAUCAUUUUCCCAUCGACUAAACUCAUUUCUAACUAGUCUUUUUUUUCGCAGAGGUAGUAUUCCAGUUUCCGAAUCCGUUUUAAUCAGUGAGAAUCGAAAAUGGAGUAAUAAACUGGUUUAUGAUUUAGAAAAUUAACUUAUCAUUUAUUAUUGUUUACCUUAUUGUAUUCUUUUAAUGCUUUAUUUCGCAUUUCCUUCUUACAAGUUAUAAAACAAUUAAUGUCGGUUUUUAUUAAGAAAUAGAACUUUACUUUGUGACUU